GGUCUCGUGGGUUUGGCUUUCAACAUCCAAACAAGACGCCGGCGUUCUGUGCCCACCUCUCCACGGCGGUGAUGCUUUGGGUAGUCACCCGCCUCUCUUUAGCGGUAGCAGCAGCAGCCGGACAGAAUCGAGAGUGCUGUAGUUAGUUAGUCAGUCUCGGGGUGGGGAGUCAUUACGUUGAUGUUGGUGGGAGCAACAUUGUUGUUGUGUUGUUGUUGUUGGCUCGACUUCACCGCGGGUGCAACUUCUGUCAACCCGUCAACCCGUGAGAUCUGUGGCGUUGAUGGUGGUGGGGAUUUGCUGUCGUGUUCAUUUCUUCUGCAGCUAUUUGGUGGCGGGCGGGGUUACACCUUCGUAGUAUUGUAAUCGUCAGUCCCGCUGUUAUAGUUAUUAGUAGUUGGGUUGGUGGUGGGUGGUGGUGGCUUUAAGGAGGGCGGAGGAGGUAGGAAGCCGGCGUGGCCCUCGCUGCCAUGUUGAAUGCGCUGACACAUGUAGCAGCAGCAGUAGGCUGUAGUUAGUAGCAGCAGGCUGCAGUUAGUUAGUAGCAGUUCUUUACAACAAGAGCUAUUAACAACCACAUCGUUGUUGGCUCAUCCUCACCCCCCUUGCUUUUCAUCGUCGGCGCAGUCGGCCCGUUCUUUUAUUGCACCGCUGCUAUUAAUUUUACUUGGUGGGGUGGAAGCGGAAAGGGCCAGGGGGGCUUGGGGGGGGGGGUGGUGUUGGUGUCGGUGUUGGUGGUGUUGGUGGUGGUGGCCGUGCAAACGGAACAAAGCGCGUGGCUGUGUGUGUAGGGAGAGACACAGCCGUGUCGCUACUGUACCGCGGCGUGUGCGACACGGUACAGUACACAGCACGCAGCAGGGGGUGGUGGGGGGUUAGUUUGCAGCAGCAGACAGCAGCAGCAGUGAUACAGACAGCAGUGAUAUAGACAGCAGCAUACAGACAACAGCAGCGUACAAACAGCAGCAGUGGUACAGACAGCACCGCCUGGCAUCAGAGUGCACACGGAGGGAAGAGUCGGGGUGGUGGAGGUGGUCGCGCUUUUUAAAAGGCCGUGGAGCGAGAGCCGGGAGGCGGUGUCGGUAGGUGGUGACCAGGGGGGCAGCGGGAGAUUGGAAGAAGAAGAAGCAGCAGCAGAAGCAGCAGCAGCAGCUACCAAACAAGCUACAACAGCAGCUACAACAACAGCAGCUACAACAACAGCAAUCAGCAGCAGCAAGCUGCAAAGCGGCGGUCGUCAUUUACACAGCAGGCGACGUACGGGGCGAGUGAAAUAAGCUAACGAGGUGUUCGAGAAGAGAGGACGACUUGCGAGGCGACGAACACAGCAGUCGACCGGACUCGCCAUUGGUGGUCUUACGAGCAAAGAAGCAGAAGAAGGACGAACGGAGACAGCCGAGGAGCAAGCGACGACGACGGCGGAUUGACUGCUGCUGCUGUGGUCGGACGACGGACGGGAACUUCAGCUGGACUGAACGGGACUCCGCAGGCGGCAAGCUGCAGGUGGACACGCGAGGCCGUAGGGCGAUGAACGGCUUCAGCACGGAGGAGGACAGCCGCGACGGGCCUUUGGGCCAGACAUGUUGCCUCAUCGACGACGGAGAGCGGUGCGGGCGACCGGCGGGCAACGCGAGCUUCAGCAAGAGGAUCCAGAAGAGCAUCUCGCAGAAGAAGCUCAAGCUGGACAUUGACCGCAGCGUAAGUCUUGUGCGGCACUUGUACAUCUGCGACUUCCACAAGAACUACAUCCAGAGCGUGCGCAACAAGAGGAAGCGCAAAGGCAGUGAUGACGAAGGAGGAGACUCGCCCGACCAUGAUUUGGAGUCACCCGAGGUGGAUUUGUUUCAGCUGCAAGUGAACACUCUGAGGCGGUACAAGCGGCACUACAAACUGCAGACAAGGCCAGGCCUCAACAAGGCACAGCUGGCGGAGACAAUCAGCCGCCACUUCCGGACCAUACCCGUGAGCGAGAAGGACACGCUCACCUACUUCAUCUACAUGGUCAAGAACAACAAGAGCAAGCUGGACCAGAAGCCGGAAACGGUCACCGGAUAGAGGUCAACCCCUCUCUCCGCCCCCAUCGAAGGGUAGUCCCACCCGAACCCCGAAUCCGCAUCGCCCACACGCACGUACACUGAGCCUCGCGCACACGCCCGACCGACCGCACGGAAACACGCGGCACCUGCGGCCCUGUGUGUACUCUCCUUCCAUUCCCCUACUUCACACCACGGGGGUCGCGAGUGCCACGAGUGCGGAGGUCACGCACGUGGGUUCCCGCUUGUUGCUCCGUGAACGUGGAGUCAACCUCCACCAAUGCCACACGCGCGUUGGCAACGCCAUUAAGUGUGGCCAGUGCUCGUACUGAGAUCGCCAAUUAAUGGGGAGGUCAUUUUUUUCUUGGAGGUUGGGGUGGGGGGGGGCGAUCAGGGACUCGGCUGAACAUAGUGCAUGUGCCGAGUUUGCUGCUCCCAUCGUAUCCCAUUGAUCAGUUUUUUUUGUGAACGUAAGACACCUUACGCCGUCAGCGGGUUGACGAAACGUGGUUGUUAUUUUUGAAGUCUCUCCAAUCUCUUGCACUCGGCGUGCAGUCGGCAAAGACGCUGAGGCACGAGGAUGCCUUCGUUGCGAUUGGCCCCGGCACGUUGUUGACUCGCCGGUCCGAGUUGAGCGCUUUCCUACUCGGCACUUGGCGCUUCUAGGCGUCCCUUCUGGCAAUCUGGCACCAACGGUUGUCAGCGUUGGCCACAUUCAGAGGUGCGAAAAUAAAUUCAUGCCGACCCCCAGUGAAGGCCUUGGAAAAAUGCAUCCUGGCAGCAAACAAACGAAUCCCCGCAAAGUCUGCGUUUGGCUCCCAACAAAGUAAGAUUGGGGAGCUUAACGUGUUUUGUGCCGUAGGAUUGAUCGCAUUUGUUCGUGAAGCUUGCCGAUUGGCGAGUUCCGACAAAUGCAUCUUUGCGUGAGAACUAGUCAAGACACUGACACGAGAGAACCUGCGUACACACGGGCUUAAUGAGCAAACUCACUUUUUCCACCAAUCACAAGACCUCUGACUGAGUAAUAUCAUACUCUUUUAACAUUUUAAACAUUUACAGUUUUUUAUGCCCGGUUUAAAAGGAUGUUUGCUUUUUUUUGGGCCUGUUAAUGACCCCACCCCCCUCCCUGCUCUUUUGACCAUUGGGGGGUGGUCAUCUCAUUUUUAAAGCUCGUUUAUUUAGUCAAGUGGUAGAAAUUCCAUGUUCCAGCGGUGUGGUGGCAUUUUAUGGUGUAUCUCGGCGUCACCGAAAAUCUUCCACACCGUUUGUCGCGUGCGAAGGCUGAAGACAACACGCAACUGCCAGGAUGCGUUUUGCUGUGUUUCUGGGUGCUAUUGUUGGCGGACGGAAAUAACAGGUGGGCGGUCCGAGCCGUACGUUUUUCUGUCCGUCCACCGAAAACACAAGCACUGGAGAUGAAGAGGUCGGCAGGUUUCGUGUGGUUUUUAACUACCAAACUGAAAGCCUUUACUGGAUACAAAUGUAAUUGAAGUUUUGGGUUAUGAAAAAAAAAGCGACAUGAAUUUUUUUUACUUUUUUUUACGUGAUGAAAGAGAAAAUGUAAUAAAUUAAUUUAGUAAGAAAAAGCAAGGUAAAUAGGAAAAAAAAACUUUCGCAGAUGUAAAGUGUAAGUGUCGAGCUUUAUAUGAACGUUACGUGCAUUUGACCCAUAUUUAAUUUGCGGUUUGCGCCUUGACCGCUCUCGUUGGCCUGCAUCACGUUUGCAGAGCCAUCGAGAGUCGUCACUUAACCACAGAUUUUUUUUUUUACGUGUUCACCAAAGCUUUUAUUGAAAAAAAAAUGACGUGUACAUUUGCUUCCCAACUACAAAAUAAAGACAAGUUUUAAAUCGC